GUAAAUGAAAUAAAUAGUUUUGGCAAAAUAAGGAGUGUCUGCUAAUGGUGUAUUUUUCUCUUCUACACACCUCCUCCCUUUUCUUUUCAGGAGUUGAUCGCUGAUCCCGCCAGCCUCCCCGACAACGUCCUCGCGAUCCGCUUGAUGGAGGAGAGCGGCGAGGGCGGCGAGGGCGGACCUCCCCGCAAGGUGCCCAGGAGGGAGGACCCCCGCCUGGCCAAGCUGCAGCGGGGCGCGGAGGCCGGGAGGAAGGUGGUGCAGCUGCUGCAGCAGGUCGUGCCGCUGGCCGUGGACGCCCUGCACCGCCAGCUGGACGCGUCGGUGGCGCGGCUGCGGCAGGUGGAGGAGGCCCUCGCGGACCUGGAGCAGGCCGCCCCGCACCCGGCCGAGCAGCUGCUGCAGCUGGCGGUGCAGCUGGAGGACCACAACCGCGUUCUCAACGCCAACAAGUGCAGCGUCGUCGCGGAGGAGGUCGGGGGCGCGGCCUCCUGGCGGUCCUCCGUGCAGCUCGGUCCGCUUCACCAUCUAGCGCGCCUUCUGCUGCUGCAACAGCAGAUCGACGGCGAGCUGGUCAAGGUCGACGUCGCUGGUGCCGCUGUUCCUCCCGCGGGCCGCGUGGCUCCAGACCUAGACAUCGCCGUGGGCCCGCCGCGGCUGUCCGUCGAACACCUGGACCUCCGCCUCUCUAUGACGCGCAUGGAUGAAGUCCUGAAGUGGCCCGCGUGCGAUCUCGAGAAGGUGCAGGUCCUGAGGAGAGCGGAUGACUAUGAUGGCUCUAACCGGGUUGCGAGUUUGCUGAAUCGGAUGCCGCACCUCGAGCAGGUGCAUAUAUCGGAUGCUCAACCGCGCCUCAUGAAUGUGGUGAAGAACAUGAAGUCCCUCAGGAGGCUGGUCGUCAAAUGCAAGAAAGACGGCCACCCGGACCUGCCACUGCAGCUGGAGGAGCUCGGCAUAGUCCACGUGUGCGAGAACCACCUGCUGAGCGUGCAGCGAAUGCCGCGGCUACGCAGCUUGUUCCUGGAGUGGUACCACGGCCCCGAUGUGACCUUUCCCCCCGUGCUGCACUGCGGGCUGCAGUGGCUGGGGCUCAGUAUGUAUGCCGUUAAAAAACCCACGAUGCUGUCCCUGGUGCGCGCGCACGCGGCCUCGCUGCUGGAGCUGGAGAUCAAUUGCGGCGUCGGCAAGGGUGGCUACUACCACUUCCCAGAUCUGGCCGCGGACCUUGCGGCGUGCGAGCUGCAGGUCCUGCGACGACUCGUACUGGUGCGUCGCAUGGGCCAGGGCCACGGCGACGACCAGGUCAACAGCUGCGACCAGCAGCGAGUGACCAUACGAGGCUCACUGCCAGGCGUGCAAGUGAUAUGCAGCCAGUGUCACGAAGACUCCUGGCAAGAGUGGUUGCAGCGCUGGUGGUAGUGACCUAUUUUGAACCCGUUGACAUAUAAGUAGGUAAAUAUUGCCCAUGAUACUCAGAUGUGAGGCGGGUUGUAUCUACCCCCUGCCUACUAGGCAAAUUCUCGACACGAGACAUUAGAAUUUGCAAUAUAGAUAUACGACCUGCUUCACACUUAAAUUUCGUUGGCAAUUAAUGUUUCCUACUUAUCUGGCAACACUGGAGUAGCGAAAAUAAAUAUAGCUGACGCUGACGUGACUUUAUACGUAUGGCGUCGAGCUUUGACUCCCAACUCUCACGGCAGACUCAGAAUCACAGACGUGAAACUUUCAAACAUGUUAAAAAGAGCAGGCGGUAGGCUCUGGGCGCGGAGCGUCGUGUGGCGGUGCGUAGCGUGCGCUAGGGCUGUACAUUGGCCCCUGUCUGAACAGCACUUGAAGUUCAGUGGCACGCAGCACGCACGCGACAUAUACACAUGGAAUUAUAUAUAUAUUAUCUUUAAACAAUUGCUCGCUUUUCAGCAUAACUCUUACUUUUAACUGUUAAUGAUACAUAUUUUAACUUUACGACACGUACUAGCUGCUAAAAAUCUCAAAAAUGUAAUGAAACUAUUGGCAAACCAACAGUUUCUACAAAACUGCGCGGCUUCGCUCUGCAGCUUGGAACACUGACCAAUAAAAACUGUCCAGCGCAA